CUAAUCUAAUAUUACAUUAUAUUAUUACAUUAUAUUAACGCAACUUUCUGAGUAACCGGACAAUCGCCACAAGAGGGCGCCAUCUCCCCCCCGGCUGCCGUUGCUAGGAUACCUUCAACAUGCCGUUUUGUUGACAUCUUUAAAUUCAGGUUUGAGGUGUGUUUUUAAAACAAAAACAAACAAGAAAAAUGGCAAGAAAAAAUGAAUACAGCGAGGAGGAGAUCUUAAAAAAUAAAGUUUCAUCUUUAAGAGCCGACGGGGAGUGGAAGUUGCGCAAAGGGAAUUACAAACAGGCGCUCAGCAGCUUUGACGCGGCGCUUGAUUUAGCCCCUACAGACAAGAAAUGCUUUGUCGCUCGCUCCAAGUGUUACAUGCGGAUGGGCCAGUUUAAAAAUGCUCUAAUGGACGCCGAAGCUUCACUUAAAGAGGACGCGUCGUAUCCUGAGGCAUUGUCCCAAAAAGCAGAUGCUCUGUAUUACAUGGGUGAAUUUGAAUUUGCGCUGGUGUUUAACCACAGAGGGCAAAAGAUUCGCCCACAGAUGGAAGGAUUCAAGAUUGGCAUCCAGAAGGCAGAGGAGGCCAUAACAAACUCUGUUGGCAAUCCUUCCUCUGCCAAACUGGAAGUUAAAGGAGACCUGUCCUUCCUUAAAGAAGAAGAGGAGAGAGUGCAGCCGAUUGCUGUUGUUCAAAAUCUGACCAAAAAAGCAAAACGUCAGACUCCGGAAGCCCUGAAGAACGAGAAGACCACCAAACAACUGCUGGGAGAGUUUUACCUGCACAAGAAAUUUCUAGAGAAGCUUCUGCAGGACGAAGAUUUGGCUAAAGGUGUGACAAAGAGUGGCGAACGGGUGGAGGACAUCAUCCAGAGCAGCAUCACGUCUCUUGAUAACUGCGCUGACUUGUGGAGUCAAGAGAAGCCCGUUUCCCUCAAAGAUAGAAAGCGUCAGCCCAAGCAGCAGAAAUCCGACGCCCCGUCUGACAAGGUCCAGUUUCUCCUGAGGAGCCUCGAAGAGAUAGACGGCGAGCUGACCUCGGGGAAUGCCAAAGGUAGUCUGAAAAAGGCGGAAGAAAUAAUGAAGAUGGUUCAAGGAUGGUCAAAGAAAGACUGCCCAGUGAAAGAGGAGAUGAUAUGCUUCCUGCAUAGCUGCAUUGGAAACGCUUCGUUUGACCUGGGAGACAUGGAUAAAGCGCUGCAGCAGCAUCACAAAGACCUGGAGUUGGCGAAACAGUGUACAUUCCUAGAAGCGACAUCCAGGGCCCUGGGCAACAUAGGUCGCACCCAUGCUGAAACUGGACAGUUUGCCAAAGCCCUAGAGUUCUGGGAAGAGAAGAUUCCUUUAGUUCAUGAAGGUUUGGAGAAGAUCUGGUUGCUUCAUGAUAUCGGCUGUUGCCAGCUGGAGCUCGGCCGUGCUGAAAAAGCCAGAGACUACGGUCUGCGUUCUGUCGCCGCGGCUGAGGAAAUGUUUGAUGACACGUGGCAGUUGAGAGCCAGGGUUUUGCUUGGACAUGCAGAAUUGAAUCUGGGAAACUUUGAAUCAUCGGCAUCUCACUUUGAGAAAGCUUUGAGCCUGGCUAAACUUCUAAAUGAUGACACAGCACUGAGUGCCAUCCAACAGGCACUUGAUGAAGCCAAGGAACAUCUACCACACUGAGAAUUUCUGGAACAGAGAGCACACCAGAGAACAGACACUAUUGAGAAUCCUGUUGUGAUUUAUUAAGAUGUGUUCGUCAUAUUGGAAUAAGUUCUCACAUCGUUAUCAUCGUAUUCAGUCUUCGUGAAGCACGGCCUUUCCCUGACAAUGUCGGAUUAAACACUGAGCAACUUUCCACAUUAAAAAGUGUUUAAAAGUCAGAUUUUCUAGUUUUGACCCCCGCCCCGUUGGGAUUUUUUGGAGGAAGUGUUCCCUGUAUCGAUUUCUUUGAAUAGUGUCUCUGUAAAGACCCGGAACUGAUUGGAAAAUACUGAUAUCUCUUUAAGACAGAUGCUAUCCUUUUAGUCACUCAUUUACAGUGACUGUUUUCAAUUUCUAGUUUUCUGUUUUCUAUGUGCAGCCCUAAAAAAAAACUGUUAAUAAAAAAAUCUAACAUU